CUCCAUCGUCGAUGCCAUCCGCAAGUCCGGCCGUGGCAUGAACCAAAAUGCCAUCCCCGAGAUGAUCGAGUGGAGCCGCAAGGCUGGCUAUGAGGUAUACGGCUCUCCGUCCGCUCCGGUGCUAUGGACGUUGACUGGACAUGCGAGAUAGCCCGCGCAGUUUGACGCGCUGAAGCCUAUCCAUAUCGCUGGCACGAAAGGCAAAGGCUCAACCAGCGCGUUUGUCUCCUCGAUCCUGUCCGAGUACCUCCCCGCCGCGAAGCCCGAUGCCAAGAUCCAGAAAGUCGGCCUCUACACAUCGCCGCACCUUAAGUCCGUCCGCGAGCGCGUUCAGAUCAACAAUACACCGCUGAGCGAGGAGGCGUUCUCGUCAUACUUCUUCGAGAUAUGGGACAGGCUAGAGGCCGCUGCCAAAGCAUCGGGCCAGGAUCCGAGCCCUCCGGGUACCAAGCCGGUGUACUUCCGCUUCCUCACGCUGAUGGCCAUGCACGCGUACUUGCGCGAAGGCGUCGACACGGCCGUCAUUGAAUGCGGCAUUGGCGGCGAGUACGACAGCACCAACAUUAUCCACCACCCCACCGUCAGCGCCAUCACCAGCCUCGGCAUCGACCACGUCGCCAUGCUCGGUUCCACGCUGCCCGAAAUCGCAUGGCACAAGGCUGGCAUCUUCAAGGAAGGCGCCGUCGCGCUGACUGUUCCGCAGCCCGAGGAAGCUAUGGAGGUUCUGCGCCAACGUGCUGGUGAAAAGGGCGCAACGCUGCACACCAUUACGCGCCACCCGGAUCUCCAGACCCUCAAGCUAGGCCUUUCCGCCGACUUCCAGAAAACCAACGCCAGCCUCGCCAUCGCCAUCGCGGCAGCACACCUGCGCGCCCUGGGCGACUCCUCCAUGCCCACCUCCUUGGCAGAUAUCAGCAACUGGACGCUGCCGCCGGAGUUCCGGCGCGGGCUCGAAAAGGUGCGCUGGCCGGGGCGGUGCGAGAUCCGGCGCGAGAAGAACGUAGCCUGGCACAUUGACGGCGCGCACACGCUCGACAGCAUCGAGGUAGCAGGUCGGUGGUUCUCGGAGGAGAUCGCAGCGGCCGCGGCCAAGAGCAGCGCCAGCGCCUCCGCCAAGCCGCGCAUCCUGAUCUUCAACCAGCAGACGCGCGACGCGGCCAGCCUGGCAAAAGCGCUUCACGGCGCUCUGGCGGCCGGGCUCGAGGCCGAGCAGCCCUUCACGCACGCCGUCUUCAGCACGAACCUGACGUUCGUGGAGACGGGGUAUAAGCCGGAUCUUGUGAGCGUGAACACGAAUGCUGACGACGUCGAGAAGCUGGCUGUGCAAGAGGCGCUGGCGCGCACGUGGGCGGAGAUUGAUCCCAAGACUGAGGUGCGCGUUAUGCGCACGAUUGAGGAGGCGGUGGGCUGGGCGAGGGAGAUUGCGCGCGAGGCUGUGGGCGAGGCCAGCGAUGACGAGGUCAUGGUUUUGGUUACGGGGUCGUUGCAUUUGGUGGGUGGGGCGCUGGAGGUGCUGGAUAGUGCUGCUUGAUGCUUGCUAUGCGAAGUGAACUGUUGAUGGCGUUGCGGGCGGUGGGGCUUCAGUGAUUGCUGUUUGAACUGUUAAGGAUCAAGUGAGGGGGAUAUGGCUAUGGCGGGUAUGUACAUUAAAGCGGCGAUGUGAAUAGGUAGUCGGUCGAAGGUGAGAAGAUGUAGAGUUGGUGUUGCAUGAAAGCAGCAUUGUGUUCCCUCAGCCAGGCGCGUCCAAAGUGGCAUCGUCAUCUUCAGGGUCC